GUAGAAAAAAAAAAAAAAAAAAGCGACACACCAGUGUGUUUGUGUGUGUGAAUAAUAAUAAUUAUUAUUAUAAAAUUUGAUGGUAAUUUUUUACAUAAUUCAGUGGAUUUGAUAAGACUAAUAAUUUUUCUUUAAUUUUUAAUUAAAAUUGUGUCAUCAAAAUAAUGGCAUACCUCAUGAGAUGUCAAUUUGCCAAAAGCAUCCCAACUUUAUCAAAACUGUUGACAGGAUCAAGUCGUUUGGCAGUUGAAAAAAAAUUACCAAUUACUGUGAGAAAUUAUAAUUCACUUGUUAAGAAUGUCAAACAUAAUGGACUAGUACCAGUCAAAAAUGUUUGUCAAAAAUCAAAUAAGCUUACAGGUGCACUUGGUAUAUUUGCAAAUCAAAUACGUGCAUCAAGUCAUGGUGAUCAUGUACGUCUUUGGCAAAUGGAAAGAAUUGUUGCUGCAUCAUUUGUUGUAUUAUUUCCUGGUGUAAUAUUAUUACAAAAUCCAAUAAUUGAUGUUGCAUUUUCUCUACUUGUUGUUAUGCAUGCUCAUUGGGGUCUUGAAGCAGUUAUAUUGGAUUAUGCAAGACCAGCAGUUGUUGGUAAAAUACUUCCAAAAGUACUUAUGUUGGCACUUUAUUUAUUAUCUGGUAUUACACUUGCUGGUUUAGGAGCUGUUAUUUAUAAUGGUCCUGGUGUUGGUGGCUCAAUUAAACGAAUCUGGGCAAUUGGAAAUGAUAAAAAAUAAAUACAAAAAUU